AUGAAAGGUUUCACUUUGAAAAGGAUGUCUUCUUGUUCUAGUCAUGUAGAAAAUGAGAAGGAUGAAGAGAAGACGAUUUCACUUUUAGAUUUGCCUGAACUGAUCUUGGAGUGCAUUUUUGAGCGACUUUUACCAGCCGACUUGUGCAACAUGAUAGGUGUUUGUACCUUUUUGAGGGUAAUGUGUACUAGUGACCAUAUAUGGGAGAAGCACUUGACGCGAAAAUGGGGUAAGCUGAUUGGUGAGGCUGCAUACCGAAAAUGGAUCGGCGAUGCUGCUUACCGAGCAUGGCAGGCUCAUGUGGCCUCAUGGAAUGGUCCAAACUUCCUCUAUAAUCGGAAAAGGCAAAGGGAAUACAUGUUAAAAUCUCCUCCCGUUGCGCUGCGAUUUUCGAGGAUUAGGCCUGACCUAGUAGAAAAGAGUUGUGAGGCGAGUUCAGGUACUUUACCAGUUGGUCAUGUCAUGGCUUUCUAUCUUGCUCUUGAGAGUGGGAAGUUCUGGUUCCCAGCCCAGGUCUAUUAUGGUGGGAAUGGUUAUACUGGCGUUACGCUUUUAUGUUAUGAUGCUCAGGUUAGCUAUGAUUACAGCACUGACACCUUUCGGGCAAGGUAUUGCAGUUAUCCAGCUCAAGUAUGGGGGAGAAAUGAGACAAAUAUAAAGUGGGAUAGGCUAAGGGCGCCACCAGUUGACACUCUUGAUCCAUUUACGCCUCAUGUAUCUGAUUAUUUGCAUGACUUAAAACCCGGUGACCAUAUUGAGAUCCAGUGGAAAAGUCAUGAUAAGUCGCCUUAUGGUUGGUGGUAUGCCCUCGUUGGUCACUUGGACCAAUGUGAUGAGAAUGUUAAUCAUUGUCGUUGUCAUUACAGUGAUACAUUAGUAGUGGAGUUCAAGCAAUACCCUCCUGGCUCAAUAUGGAGACGAACGAUGCUAAAUCGAAAGCACCGUCUCAGAGAAGGGAACGGAGCAGAUCGAUUAUAUGGCGGAAUUAGAAAGAUUUCCGAUGAGGAGGAGAUUUCCAAGUGGUUGCACUAUUUGCCAAAUUAG